AGAAGACGAAGCCGUGUUCGUACUGGUUGUUUCUGUUGUCGAAAGAGAAAGAAGAAGUGUGACGAAUCACAACCGUUCUGCCAUGCUUGUAUGAGAAAUAGGUUCAAGUGCAUCUAUCCUACGGGCCACAAUGAACCUCUACCUGUGGGGUUCGACUUGGUCGAAGAGAUUUACGACGAGAUUCCUAAGCGUCGUCUCCGUAAGCGAAAGAAUCUGAUACUGUCUGACGCUGAUAGUCGGCUCUUCAAUGUGAUUGUGCUAAAUCCAACAGUAACUUCCCAACGAACAUCAAUAAGCAAGAACAGUCAUAAAGUAGAAAGAAGUGUAUCUGAAUUCACUUCAGAUACUUCUUCCACGACUUCGUCUCCGAUUCCUUCAUCAACUGCACCAAUCGAGUCUUCCUUAAAGCUUCCUAAUUCUAAACCAACUUCUUCUUCUAACAAGAAAAGAAAGAUAAAGGAAAAAGCCAAGAUCUACGAGAUCACGUCACCCUCACAAGAGAUGCUGGACUCAGAAGCUCCAUCUUCUCCAGAUUUAAGCUCUGUCUCUUCUCAACUGCCAAUAUUGUCAAAUUCUACGGCUUUG